AACGUCGGUGUCGGCAUCGUUAACUCGUUUUAAUUUCGUUAACAGCUCAUUCGCCGCGCCAUCCCCAUUCGCACAAUCGGGUAAAGCAUCAAAUUCGUAUGCAACAAAAAAUAAAAAUUGCUAAGCGAAAUUCCUGCUCCAGUGCUUAGCUGAGUGAUCGCCGAGUUUUUAGUUGUAUGGCGUCGGCGGUUCAACAGUCUCCUCCCGCUCCGGUAGACACAUCGACACAAGUGCAAAUCUCCUUCGAACAACGUCAAAAGCGAACAUUCCAAGAAACCACAGAAAUGACCUACUCAACGGAUCGCCUUUCUGAGGAUAUUCCCAAAAUCAUUGGCGUCAGCGAUGUCACACACAAACGUAUAUGGCGUGCGCUGAUUGGCGAAUUUUUAGGUACCUUCUUUCUGGUUGCCAUCGGUGUUGGCAGUUGCACUGGCUGGGGAACGUAUACGCCAUCGGUGCCGCAAAUUGCCUUCUGCUUCGGUUUGGUGGUUGCCACAAUGGCGCUG